AUGGUUUUGGAAGUGCCCUCAAUCACACCUGGUGAACUGCAUGAUCUUAUGCGACUACAUCAGGAUGCAGAAUGGCCUGAAUGUAAAAAAAUGUUCCCCUGGGCUCAUGAUAUUUCCUUUGGUCAACCACCCGAUUUUCCUCAUUCUCUUGCAAUAGUCAAAUCGCAAUCAGAUGCUAACAAUUCUGCGCUUUUGCGUAAUUCUCUCGAAGUGAAUGAUAUCUUCCAGUCCUGGAAAGUUCGCACUUCCUUUCAUAGAGAGGGCGAUACCUGUGAAACUGGAAAUGAUUCUAAUGGUUUUCAAUAUCCCAAUAACACAAAGGAACUUUUGAACUUGCUAAAGUUUCAGAUACGACAAUUGGAAUUGCAAGUGGAUGAUGUUGCUUUGGAAAACGCUGCUACUUAUUGUCACAAUCAUAGCAUUUUACCAUUUCUGAAAGUAGAUCCUCGUGGACUAUCAUUAGAACUUAAAAGGUAUUCUAGAAACAAGGUUGGGUCUAAUACCACGCUAAAACGGAGUGGGCAGGACGUCUGGGGAAGGAGAGGUCUAUUCCGAAGGUUCGACCUGCAAUGUGCCAAGAUGAUAGAAAUGGUUGAUAAUAUAGUAAUUUAUUGUUCGCGGACUGGUGGCAGCACUGAUAUGCAAACAGAAUCAGCGCCAGCGUGCUCACACGAGGGAAAUUGCCCCAAUUGUACAACCCUUGCACUACUUUUACAGAUCUGUUUAAUGUUUGUUCAAAAGGGUUAUGUAGGGAGUGGAGGAUCGCUUUACAAGACGAAUCUUUUUAUUUGCACUUAUCAGAAUUUCAAUACAGAUAUACCUCAAACUUUGAUUGGUACACCUUUAUUAGACAACGAAUUUUUCAAGAAUAAUACUCCCUUGAAUUUAUGUUCGUCACCUAGUGAAAUAGUGUGUUUCAAUAACGUUGAUAAGAAUAUGGUUUUGUGCGAGAAGUUAGAGUUGAAUAAGCUGACUUCAGCUACACGAUUGGAGGAAACAGGGUUGAUUUGCGGUAACACCACUGAUUGGCAUAAUUAUCAAAUAAUUAAAAAAAACAAUAUAUCUCUGACCCACCGUUUCGAAGAGAAUACAAGCAUAGUAAAUUUAAAGUCUCUAAAUUAUGAUACGGACAAUCCGACAACCUCCAUUUCUCAACUGUAUAACAUACCGAAUACAAAAGAGGUGUGGAAAUUGAUCAUAAAAUGUACGUCAAACUCGCAAAUGCCGUCGUUAACGAAAAUCCGAACAUAUCUAGAUCUUUUAUUAGACGAUGAUGCGUCAAAAUCACAAGAGCAUUUGCAUUUGACUUUCCCUGCCUCAGGUAGUAUAGGUUUGGGGAACUUAAACAUUCAGUCUGUGGAAAUUCUUUUGAAUGUUUGUUAUUUAAUAUUUCAAGUAUCCCAAGUUCAAGAAUUAUUGACGUUCAUGUAUUGCGAAGACGGAUAUACAGAAACGUCAUUAUUAUUAACAGCUUAUAUUAUAUUCCACUUUAAUAUUCCGUUACAAGACGCUCUUUUGAGGAUCCAUCCAAGACCAUUUUUCCUUUUUCCAUCAGACUUGCAAAUUUUAGGCCAUUUACAACCUGUCCUGCGGGAGUUUAGUCCGCAGAAUGGAAGUAAUCUAAAAUUAUAUGCCAAUGCAUUGAAAUUUAGGGAUAAAAGCUUUCAAUUACACAUUUCUUCAGAGCUUUUUAGUAGCAUAUUUUUUAUGAAGAUUCCUCUUGAGUCUAAUUUCGUUAAUUUGAAGGGCCCACUGCCAUCCCGGAUUCUACGUCACUUGUAUUUGGGAUCCCUGGAUCAUGCACAAAAUCCUGCCUUACUUAAGUCUCUAGGAAUUACGCAUAUAGUUUCUGUCGGUGAAGUUGUUUCAUGGACAUUGAAUAAGGAUAAAAUUGCUCAUCCUGUAAGGCCACAUCGUGCAAUAACUAUGACGAAUACCAAUGAAGUUGCAGGUAAUACUACAUGUAAUAAAAGCAGAAAUAGAGCUGAUACUGUGGUCAGCGAUAAGCAAGAAAAUGGCAGCAACGUAGUAAUAAGUGAAAAUUCUGGAUUUCAAAUUUGCCAGAUCGAAAAUCUAGAUGACAACGGCAAAGAUCCGCUUUUCCACCAAAUAGACAAAGUUUUGGAUUUUAUUAGCAAUUCCGAAGCAACAGGAGGGAAAGUUCUGGUGCAUUGUAUGGUCGGAGUCUCCAGAUCUGCAACAGUUUGUAUAGCUGAAUGUAUGAGAUAUCUCCAGUGUGACCUGGCAAGUGCGUAUUUGUUUGUGAGGGUACGGAGGCUUAAUGUUAUCAUUCAACCAAACUUGUUCUUCGUAUAUGAGCUCUUCAAAUGGUGGAAAAAGCAUUAUAAUCGCGAAAAAGACAAAACUAUGGAUUGGCACAUCAUCUGUAGGGGUAUCGCUGAGGUUAAUAUGAAGUACACAUGA